CUGUUAAUGGCUACAGAAGCCCAAAAGUGAGCGUGUAAUGGACUCAGACGAUCAACCAGUAGUCACAAAGUCCGUGACGAAACGCAAGAAACCUUCUGCGCUGCUCUCAAGUGACGAGGACGAGGAACCCAGGUCGCCACCAAAGAAGAAGAUUGCUCAUGCAGCAAAGCAUGCCCCUCAGCCCAAGGCGAAGAAGGAAAGCAGACCUGCGGCGCGAAAGGUGCUUACGAAGCGCAGAGACGAAGAUUUUAUUGCGUCGUCAAGCUCAGAGGAAUUCUCGGAAGAUGGAUAUGAGGACGAAGACGAGGACGAGAAGCCUUUCAAGGGCAAGGGCAAAGGGAAAACGGCACCGAAGAAAGCUGCUGCGUCCACUAAGACGAGAACGACGCCGUCUAAA